AUGAAAGCAUUAGGCGAUGUCUACCGUCAAACAUUCCCGAAGAAGCUGCGCUUCGACAAGGCAUGCCAAAUUCUCCACGCCGAGGUCUUCGUGGUGGCGAGGCGCCACAAGCACAGAAAGUAUGUUCCAAAGGGAGACAUCUACGAUGUGCUUGAUCGAUACGAGCCGUUGCCGGGUUCUCCGUGGAUUCACUUGCCAGUGGUGCGUCAUGUGCUUUUGAUUCGGCAGAUUAACGGGGUGCGCUGCCUUCUGGGAAAGCGCUCGUGGCUAAUCAACCGUGCUGUAGAAGAGGAGCACCACAGGAUUAAGCAGUGGAUGGCGACGCAGGAGCAGCUGGGCGCAAAGGCACCAAAAGGCAGUCGUCUUGGCUCCUUCGUGGAGCGUGAGCGCUUUGUUGCAGAGGUGCUUGAACCAUUUCACGUGGCCACCAUGUACCAGCGAAUGGUGCGCCUCGGUGCCGUUCUUGUGAUCGUGCUGCUGCUCCUCACCUUCGCGUCGGUGAAUCUCGAUGGUCUUGUGUACCUGUACGCGGUCCACUGGUGCCGCAUGCGCCGAGAAGAUGUCCUCGCGUGGUUUCGCGAGAUCACGGAGCGGCACGCGGUGACAGAGGUGCCGCCAGCAUAUGAGAGCUUGCUGCCGCCGCCCUGCGUCCUUCGCUCCACGGCCAACGGCAGGGAACGGUAUGAUUUGAAAAUCACGGAGCUUGUCUCACCCAACGAGAAGAUAGUUGUGAUGGCGAUUCCUUGCCCGCAGGUGGGCGAAAAGAAAUUCUUCGCCGCGCUGGGCGAGGUUGCGGCGUUGUGCGAUGCCGUCAUGAUGGAGGGCGUGCCGUUCGAGCGCAUUGACAAGAUUGUGCCAGCCGCGCUAUUCCCGCUGCGGGACGACACGUUUCCUGCCCUGGGUCUGCACCACCGCUUCCUAGACGUCGUGCGCGGUAGGCGAGAACCGCCGUUUCUGUAUCCUGCUGCCUCGGAGUUGAGUUGGCGGGCCUACUGGAUGCAGUUACUCGCCCCUUUUGAGAUGCGCUGUGUCUACUGGCCGACAGCGUUCUCCGCAUCGAAAGGGGAGGCAAGAAUUUGCUGGGGACGGCUCCGUGAGCUUAUCGAACAGGCCGCCGCACAACAGAAGGGCGGAGGCAGUGAUGAUUCUGAAUCAUACGUUAUUUGUCUGCCGUGGACGGUGCAUCAGAUCGUUAACCUGGAGGCUAGCCUACUCAGAUACGGCUUUAGGGUGAGGCGAGUGUUCCCGCUAGAGUGGUUGGAUCGUGAUCACAUGGGCGAACACUUCUGCAACUACUAUGGUAUCCCAUAA